GGCCUUCCUGACCUUGGCCCCGCCCUGGGCCCGGUCUGGGAACUGGGGAUGGGUAGUCCUGUGGGUGCUAAUGGGAAGCAGGGUGAUCAAAGGACCAGAGGAUGUGGAAGUGGGUGGUGAAAGGCUCGAGGUUUGCUAAUGGCCUGAGCUGUGGAGGGGUCGGAGCAUGUGAUAAUAAGUCUUACCGCUGUGUAGGGCUUGAGGCCCAGCGUGUGCUAAUGGGGGGGGGGGGCAGUGAAGGGCCCCGACGGUGUGUGAUAGGGGAGAGCAUGUCAGAGGAAUGCUGAGGUAUGCAAACGGGGUUAAAGGUGUGGAGAGACCCCGUGUGUGUUAAUGGGGGAUAAGGUGGUAGAGAUAGCAGAAGGUAUGCUAAUAGGAUCAGGGCUCUGAAGCCCUGUGUGUGUGGUAAUGAGCGUCAGGAUGGUGUUAAUACUGUGUAUUUGCCCAUGAGGGACUGCAGCGUGCGGGGGUCUGGAGAGUGCUCAUGGAGGUCAGGGUAGUGGAAGAACUCGAAUGUUGAGUGUGUGCUAAUGGGGGUCAUAGCUGUAGAGGGUACGUGCGUGUGUUAAUAAAGGUCUGGGUAGUGUGAGGCCCAGGAUAUGCUAAUGGGGACAGAGUGGUGGAAGACCUGAGCCUGUGCUACUGGGUACCAGAAGUUAUGAAUAUAUGUGCGGUGGGAGGGCACAGUGGUGAGGGAAAUGUCUUAGCACUGUAAGAGAUUCAGUAUAUUAAGGAUCAAGAUGGUGUGAGGUCAGUGUGUGUGUGUGUGUGUGUGUGUGUGUCCAUGUCCAUGUCCAUGAGGACAGGGGAUGUGAGACUCCAGGAUGCGAUCAGGGACAGUUAUAUGUGAAAUUUUAGUGACCGUUGAUAUGGGUUUAGAGCCUUGGAGGUGCUUAAAUGUGUGCCAUUGGGGGAAGAGUCAGAGCAGUAUGGGGUCUGGAAAAUGCUAGUGAGCGUCAGAACAUUGUGAAGACAGUGUGUGCUUGUGUCCCCGGGGGACCGGGGUGUAUUGAGGUUCCAGGGGGUGCAGUAAGGAGGAUGGGGGUUGUGAAGGGAUUCAGAUGUGAACCAACAGGCAUUAUAGGUGUGGAGGAGUUGAAGCAAAGAGAAAUAAAGGACAGGAAUAUGUGAAGGUCUAGGUGUGAUAAAGUGGAUUUAGAACCAUGGAGGGCUGAAGUGUGUGCUAAUGGGGCUCCAGGCUGAAUGAAGACCUAUGUGCGCUAAUGAGGGUCAGGCCAUUAUAGAACACUGUGUUUGUGUGUCCCUGGGGAAUGGGGCUGAGUAAGGGUUCAGGGUGUGCUAAUGGGGAGGCACUGUGGAGAGGCCCAGUGUGUGCUAAUAGAGGUCAGGGUGAAGUGAAGGUCCAGCUUGUGCUGAUGGGAGGUGGUGGGGACAGGGUAGUGAGAGGACCAGAAUAUGGGUUUAAUGAUGGUUAUAGCUGUCGAGGGGUCUGAGUGUGGGCAAAAACAGUCAGGUCAGGGAUUGGCAAGUUUCACUUUGUGUUAAUGAGAUUCAGGGCAGUGUGAAGGUCCAGUGAGUGCUAAUUUGGGUCAGCUGUAGAGGGUCCCAAGUGCAUGUUAAUAGGGGUCAGAAUUAUGCACGGGGAACAGUGUGUUAAUGGGGGUGAGUGCUUUGGAGAAGCUAACAGGCAGCUGGGCCUAGGAGGCGCCCAAGAAUGUGGCGGGGAGCCUUGGGCGGUGAGCGUUAACUUAGAGGGGCCUGAGCCUAUGCAAACAGAGUUCUCUGCUCUGUUGGGGCUUCCUAUGCUGAUGGGGGUUAGAAAUAAAUGGGGAAAUUGCAGGUGCUGAUAGUUAAAAUGCAGAGAGGCCUUCUUGAGGGGCCAGUGUGUGCUUAUGGGGGACUGGAAAGGAUGAGGAUGGUGUGUUCUUGGUGGGAGUUGUGUGGUGACUAUGUUGACUAGAGUGUGAUGACUGUGUUCUCAGUGGACAGUGUGGUGUGAGGUGAUGAGUGCCCUUGGGUGUGAGAGUAUUUUGAGGAAGGGUGUAUGUCCUCGGGGGUCAGGAAGGACAAAUGUCCUUUUUUUGAGUGGAGUUGUGUAUCCAGUUUCUUGCUCCUUCCUUCACUAUUCUGAAAUCUAAAAAGCUCAGAAAAUGGAAAUAAUAAUAUUUAAAAGUUUUACUGUAUAUUAAUGUUCAAGUGUCUCUGUUCACAAAGGUCUGCCCAGGGCACCCCUGCUGGGAAUGUUGCGUGAUAUACAGAUUUUGUAUCCUGUCUUCCUAAAAUCCCAAAAAAACUGAACUCUGGAACAUGUCCAGCCCUUGGAGUUUCCAGUUAGAGGUCAUGGACCCUGACUCCUCUGGCUCCCUCCUCAUCUUCCAUCCGGCCCUACUUACUGUCCCCCCAGAUGCCCCAUUCCCUGCCACAACAGGCAAAGCCGGCUGGGUAUUCGUACCAUGGAUGCAAGACUGCCUUUGGGGCUGGCCAUGCUUCUCCUUCUUCAGCUUCAGGUCCAGUGUACGGCCUACUGGGUCAGGAUUUUUUUUGUUAUCCUAGGUUCUCUGAAUGGACCUCAUCCUCUUUACUGGGGUCUUUCCGCUAGGCUGGCCCCUGUGCUCCUCCUGGGGGUGGUGAGGCCAGGCAAGUGGAAGCAGGGUGUAGGGACCAGUGGGGUAAGCACCUGAUGUCAAGGUAACAGAUGACCCACUUCUCUCCUCGAAUCCAGCCCCAGCCUCAUCCUCCCACCUCCUAUCUAGCUCCACUUCCCUUGGGCCCAGGGCCAUCUUGGGCCCUGCUGUGAGUCCAGAUGGUUCCUAGGCCAGGUCUUUCCCCCUCCUUGCUGGCCUGGAGCCCAGGAGGAAGCAGAAGAAGGCCAGCCUAAGCCUUUUGGUGGCCCUGUUCCCUCCAGCAGCCCCAUCUAGGUCAUCUUCCUGCCGACGCUAGUGUCCCUGGGCCACGUUUUCUGGAGUUGUUCACGGGUAGCAAACUUACCAUGCCCAUCCUGGUAGAGAUUGGUCUUAGGCCCUCAGCCCCCUGAUUCAUUAAUUUCUGCCGUAAGCACUUUUUGAGCGUCUACUCUGUGUCAGUCACUGUUCCAGGUCCUCAGGAUAUAGCCGUGACCUAAACAGACAGAAAUCUACCCUGGCGGAGCUGAUCUUCUAGUUAUGGCGGUGAGGAGACAGACAGUUAAGAAUAUAGAAACCAAUAAGUAGAUGGUAUCAUUUCUGAGGAGGUGAUAAGUGCUGGGGGGAUAAUUUGGCAAAGUGAGGGGGAGCUCAGUGUGGUUGAGAUUUUAAAUAGGUUUAUUUGUGGAGGGUUAUCCAUGAAAAAGGUGGUAUUUGAGCAAGGGUCCGAAGGGGGUGAGGGAGUGAGCUAUUUUGAAAUCUGAGGGAAGGGUAUUUCAUGUACCAGGAACUGCCAGUGCAAAGGCCCUAAGGUGGGACUGCUGGGUGUGGUUGCAAAACAACUAGCAAUGGUUGAGGGGGAGGUGAGGCCAGAGAGAUAAUAGGGGUGAAUAGGGUGAGACCUAGUGGGCCACCCUUGAGGACUGGGACAUUUAUUUGGGGUGGUAAGGGAGAUGUGCACUCUCAAGUAGAGGAGAAAUGAGGCUAGGCCUGGCUUAUAAAAAUCUGAGUGGGACCCAUAGGGUCCCAGCCUGAUUGAAACUUUCCAGCGACCCUCAGGACAGCUGGUGUCUAUUGAGAUCCCUCCCCCCCUGGAACCUACCCAGUGGUUGGGUCUGGGUAGGACUCCCCUCUCUGUACACCCCUCACUUGAGUAGACCAGUGGGGUAGUCCACUUAAUCACCGUGACAGUGGUUGCUGGGGAAGGCAGGCGGGUCCUUGUGGUUGUGGGGAGCAUUCUGCCUCGGCAGUUGGGGGUGAUGUGGGGCUGGUGCCGGCGGAAUAUGCCAUUCUAUGGGCGAGCCCAGGGCCGUAUUGAUGGCCCCUUGGUCCUGGGCGAGCCGCUCGCCCCACCCACAGCUGGGCCCAUCACCACUGCUGCACCUGAGAAUACCUGCUGUGGAGGCCUUUGUUCCCACAGUGAGGCUGCCCCCACAGAGGCCAACAGUCCACCAGUUGGGCCCUUGCCCUCGGCCAGCCACCCAGGCCUCAACACCCAGGUCGCCAUGGAUCGGAUGAAGAAGAUCAAGCGGCAGCUGUCAAUGACACUCCGAGGGGGCCGAGGUGUGGACAAGACCAAUGGUGCCCCUGAGCAGAUAGGCCUGGAUGAGAGUGGGGGUGGCGGUGGCAGUGACCUUGGAGAGGUACCCACUCGUGCCGCUCCUGGGGAACCUCGCUCUGGACGGGGCCCCCUCAGCUCUGCACCAGAGAUUGUACAUGAGGACUUGAAGAUGGGGUCUGAUGGGGAAAGUGACCAGGCUUCAGCCACGUCCUCGGAUGAGGUGCAGUCGCCAGUGAGGGUGCGCAUGCGCAACCAUCCCCCACGCAAGAUCUCCACUGAGGACAUCAACAAGCGCCUGUCACUACCAGCCGACAUCCGGCUGCCUGAGGGCUACCUUGAGAAGCUGACCCUCAAUAGCCCCAUCUUCGACAAGCCCCUCAGCCGCCGCCUCCGCCGUGUCAGCCUGUCUGAGAUUGGCUUUGGGAAACUGGAGACCUACAUCAAGCUGGACAAGCUGGGUGAGGGUACCUAUGCCACCGUCUACAAAGGCAAAAGCAAGCUCACGGACAACCUUGUGGCACUCAAGGAGAUCAGACUGGAACACGAAGAGGGGGCACCCUGCACCGCCAUCCGGGAAGUGUCCCUGCUCAAGGACCUCAAACAUGCCAACAUCGUCACGCUACAUGACAUUAUCCACACGGAGAAGUCCCUCACCCUUGUCUUUGAGUACCUGGACAAGGACCUGAAGCAGUACCUGGAUGACUGUGGGAACGUUAUCAACAUGCACAACGUGAAACUGUUCCUGUUCCAGCUGCUCCGUGGCCUGGCCUACUGCCACCGGCAGAAGGUGCUACACCGAGACCUCAAGCCCCAAAACCUGCUCAUCAACGAGAGAGGAGAGCUGAAGCUGGCAGACUUUGGCCUGGCCCGAGCUAAGUCAAUCCCAACGAAGACCUACUCCAACGAGGUGGUGACACUGUGGUACCGACCCCCCGACAUUCUGCUUGGGUCCACGGACUACUCGACCCAGAUUGACAUGUGGGGUGUGGGCUGCAUCUUCUACGAGAUGGCCACGGGCCGGCCCCUCUUCCCAGGCUCCACAGUGGAGGAACAGCUGCACUUCAUCUUCCGCAUCUUGGGAACCCCAACUGAGGAGACGUGGCCAGGCAUUCUGUCCAACGAAGAGUUCAAGACAUACAACUACCCCAAGUAUCGAGCCGAGGCCCUUUUGAGCCACGCACCCCGGUCCCCUUGUCCUUGCUGUAGACUUGACAGCGAUGGGGCUGAUCUCCUCAACAAGCUGCUGCAAUUUGAAGGUCGCAAUCGGAUCUCCGCAGAGGACGCCAUGAAACAUCCAUUCUUCCUCAGUCUUGGGGAGCGGAUCCACAAACUUCCUGACACUACUUCCAUAUUUGCACUAAAGGAGAUCCAGCUACAAAAGGAGGCCAGCCUUCGGUCUUCGUCAAUGCCUGACUCAGGCAGGCCAGCUUUCCGCGUGGUGGACACCGAGUUCUAAGCUGAGUUCUAAGCCACAGACCGAGGCCCCAGCAGUCAGCAGCUGGAGGGAUGCUACUCCCCUCACAGGGCAGCCCGCAACUGCAUCCUCCUCGCUUGCUGUCUGCUACCUGCCUGACUCAUGCUCGCCUGCCCACAUGUCCCCCGCUGCCUGUCCGAACACCUGACCAUUGGCCUGUCAGCCCACCCAUUGGCCUGUCUGCUGGGUGCUAACAAAGCUCUCAUCGCUCCUUC